AUGGAAGAGGAUGAGAAGUCAAUGUCGUUCGAGGAGGGUGGGUAUGGGUAUAACUUUGAAGAGUUGAACACGCCUCCUUCAAGUGGUGCUGAAGAGGAUGAAAAGGUUGUCAAUCCAAAAUUUAAUGUGCAUGAGGAGUUUGGUCAUGUACACUUAGAGGUAGGAAUGGAGUUUGUGAGUCUUCAAUUAUUUAAAAAUGUUGUCAAAGACUACAGUAUUGAUCUAGGAAGACAAUUCAAGUGGCUGAAGAAUGACAAAGUGAGGGCCCGAGCAAAAUGUAGUAAUGAUGAAUGUGAUUGGAUGAUUUACUGUUCGUGGAACAACAAAAUGAAAGCUUUCCAAAUCAAGACUUUUAAUAACAUCCACACUUGCUGCAGACUUUUUAGAAACAAGAGGGCAAGUAGGGAUUGUGUUGCAAAGAAGUUAGAAAAAAGGCUAAUGACCCAGCCGAACAUGACAAGGGCUGAGGCCUACGACCACAUGAAAGAGGAGUACAAAGUUCAUGUCCAUUUGAAGAAAGUGAACAAAGCACUUCAGAAAGCCAAGGCCAAAAUCGAAGGGUGUGAAAAAGAACAGUACGCAAAAUUGAGAGACUACUUAGGUGAGCUAUUGAGAAGCAAUCCAGGGUCUACAUGUCAAAUGCAAGUGAUCCCACAACCUUAUCCGAACUCCUCUCCCAUAUUUUCUAAGUUGUACAUUUGUCUGGAUGCAUGCAAGAAAGGGUUCAAAGCUGGCUGCAGGCCCUUAAUUGGUUUGGAUGGAUGUUUCUUGAAAGGAUAUUAUGGAGGUCAAUUGAUAAGUGCAGUUGGGGAGGAUGCCAACAAAAGUUUCUUUGUCAUUGCAUAUGCAGUUGUUGAUAGUGAAACAAAAGAGAUCUGGAAGUGGGACCAAUUAGUCCCCCGUUCAAUUUGUCAGGGACCAAAACGACCAUCGAGGGAAAUUGCCAGGGACCUAAUUGAUCCUCGUAUAUUUAAGUCAGGGCUGAUUCCAGCACUGCAAGAGGUGAUGCCUGGUGCAUAUCAUCGUUUUUGUGAUGCAGCACGUUUGGAAGAAUUUCAUAAAGCAAUGGAAAGACAAGGCAAUUCAAGCCAUGGUUUGGGAGUGUUCAAGAUGCACCACUGUCCCCCAGUUCCAGCAAUGCAUGGCACGGUUGAAAGUAAAGAAUGA